GGUGCAGCCCAUCACUUCAAGGUUACAUCUCCUGUCGGAACAUCCUCCUCUCGGGUCCUCCAUGGGAGUUCUGGUCACCGCGCUGUUCGUGUGGGCUGCAGCCGGAGUGGGAAGCCGGCCAGUAACCUCACCACUUAAUGAUGCCAAGGUUGAAUGUAUCAUUCAGGAGACCCUGAAUGAAGAUGGGUCCCACCAUGAAUGUGGAUCACGGCUAGCAGAGGAACUUGAUGAAGUGCAGAGACAUCAGGGUCUUCUCAGAGAGCUGCAGAGUCUGGCUGAUGAUGAGAGAGAGAAGGAGCAGAGAAAAGAGGGGGAGAGGGACGAGUACAAUCUGACCGAUGAUGAGGGCGACUUGGAGGAGAAGAACGAGGAGGAGGACAGCGACACUGGAAGGAAGACGGAGGAGGAUGAAACCAAGAGGAAGAUGAAGCUGCAGACUGAAGAGAUGGAUGACCAAGAGAAACGAGAAAAGGAGCUAAAGGAUCUCCUCGGAGCGGAGCUCACCAAGAACGGUGAAGGAGAGAAACACAGCGAGGAGCUGAAACUGAAGCAACAGAAGGCUGAGGAGGAGAACCCCGAAGAAACGGAGCUGAAGGAGAAUGUGGAGGACAAGAAGGUGAAGCAGGACAAAAGAGACGCACCUGAGGACUUGGAGGAGCAGAGGAGGAAGAACGGGGUGGAGCUGAUGGUGGAGAAGGAGAAGGUGGAGAAGGAGCUGAAGGAGCUGCUCAGGGAGCAGGACAACAGGAGCCAGCCAAAGGAGAAGGAGAGGAAGGAGAAGCAGGAGGAGCUGGAUGAACUCGCCAGAAAGAUGAAACGUGCACAGGAGGAGGAGGAGCAGGUUGAGAAGAAAGAGGACAACAUGACCGAAGAGAAGGAGGAAACAGAGAAGGAGGUUCAGAAGACGAACAAAGCGUCGGAGGUGAAGGAGCCGCAGCAGAAGAGAGUGAUGGAGAAAGCCAGUGAUGAGGCCACGCGACAAUUUGAACGAGAGAGGUACAAGGAAGAGGAGGAGGAGGAGAACAGGGAGGAUGAAGACGAAUAUGUUCGAGAAGAUGAGGAGGACCCUGAGGAUGAUGAGGAUGAAGGAGACGCUGAAGAUGGAGAGGAGCUCUUGGAGAUUGAAGCCGAGUUGCGUAAAGUCGCUGCAGAGCUGAGGGAGCUUCGCAGAGGAUAAAAGGCACCCCCUCCCCAACGGAGUAGGCUGGA